UAUAAUGUUUUUAAUAUUUUCAAAAGGCUCUUAGCGUUGAACAGAGAAAAGAGGACCUUGGAAAAUAUGCACAAGAGGCAAGAAUUGAGUCAAGAACUGAAGUAACUUCAGAGUUACGCUGUCCAAGAAGUAUUAAGGCUCCGUCACAGUUAAAGGAAUUGGAUAACAUUAUGGAUCUGCUGACGCCAAUUGAAAAGUAUGCUUUGAAUUACUUGGAAUUAUUUCAUGACUACAAUGAUAAGGGAAAGCAGAAAGUCAAUGAGGAGUCGAAAACUGCAAACAGAGAGUGGGAACUCAAUCAUAUCAAGAAGCUCAAGGAAAAGGAAGAUGAAAUGCAGUGGGAAGAGGAGGAAGAGCUCCUAACCUACACUAGGCAAGAUGCCUACAACAUGGAAUAUGUCUAUGAAGACCCAGAUGGGCAAAUAGAAAGAAUGCCAAUUUGGACUCCUCUUACUCUGCCUCCAGAUCACAAUGACGUCUACAUUGAUUCUGUUACGUGUCUGAUGUAUGAUUCCACACCAAUUUCAGAGUCUAAGCUGCCCCCUUUGUAUGCCAGGAAGGAGAGUAAGCAAUUCCGAAUGGAUCCAUCUGCUGCAGGUAGGAGGAAUAAACAUCGUCAUGGAGAGAUGGCUAUUCCUCGGUCACUUUUUCACCGAGCGACUCCAAGAAUGUUGAAAAUGCGUCGAAAGGGUAACAAGCAGAAGACCAUCCUGCUGAAACAGCAAACAUAUGUCACAAAACCUUUGCCUGCUGUUGUCAAAAAAGCUACUGAAGCUGGCCGGGCAGCAGCUGGACAGGACAAUCCUGAGUGGCUGAUUAGUGAAGACUGGGCGCUGCUACAAGCAGUGAAGCAGUUACUGGAGCGUCCUUCAAAUCUUGCCGUCAUGUCACCAGUGCACACACCCAAUUGGGAUCUCGUUAGUGACCUUGUUAAGUCCUAUAACCAAGUUUAUCGCUCACCAAAACAAUGCCAAAAUCGAUAUGAAAAUGUUAUUAUUCCAAGAGAGGAAGGAAAGAACAUCAGUAGUCACCCUGUUUGUACCAGACAGAUCUAUGCUGAAGACCAGAAUGCUGCACACAUGCAACUUUACAUGAGUCACUUUGAUUUAAUGAAAAAGAUAGCAAGAAAAAGAAGUCCCUCAGUUAAACCUCUGAGCUCAGGCAUUGGAUGUACAUGUCCAUCAGUUUCCAAAACUUACACAUCAAGUAGCUCAGCAACAGAGCCAUCCAUUCCCAGAUUGUUCAAGGCCAAGCUACAGUGUAGAAAAGGUUCAGGCUCAGUCACAGACUGCGGCAGUGUCCCAGUCACCACCUGCUGGUCACCACGCCUGAAUGAUUUCUGCAGCAAUGGCUACAGCUCAGGUGAUCCCCCAGAAGCCAGUAGAGGAACAGGUCCUGACAAUAGUCUCUCUCCAAUCACUGACUCCAGGUGUACAGAACUCAGCAGCCUCAACCAAAAUUAGCAAGUAAAAGUGCACAUGAGGUUACCUACUUUCAUACUGUGAAAGCAUCUCUGAAACCUUGUUGAACUAAUGAUUACAUUAGAAUAAGCAGAAAAGUACAGUAUUUUAUGCUUGCUAAACCAUGACAAUAAAAUCUGCAGGUUGUCCACAUUUUAUUUUCCAAAUGAAGACUGAGCACUUUUUUACAGACAUAAAUGCAAGAGACGUUAUUAGUGAAAUCUGAAAAAAAAAUGUACUCAACAUUGAAAAUGUAUUAAUUGGAAUGUACAGAUAAAAGGUCUGUUAAAAUGAAAUGCUUUCUGCUGACAGAAAAUGACCAUCCUUCUAUACCAAAGCAGUGAAAUUACAGACUAAAUUACAGAGACAGAGGUGUAAUCAACAUGUUCAUCAUUGUGCUAGGCUAUUGUCUCCAGAGCAAUAUCAAAUAAUAGCCAGUUAUUCUUUAAACAGAACUACAUUUUACUAGUGGAGUGUUGCACUGAAUGGAAUGCAGAACAAUGAAAACUGCUGACUUUUUUUGGUUAGAUCUCCUGUAACUGAAUAGCUGUCCUGUUAGGUGUAUGGAAACAAAAUGCAAACUGUAAAUUUUUAGAUGAAUCUUUAGCGCUGUAAAGUAGGAAUUCAGUGAACACUGACAUACUGCCUAAACAGUGUAAGUUGAACAAUAAAGUGUCCUUUCUGUUCAUAUAAA